AGGUGCUAAGUGUACAUUGGAAUACACAAUAUAUAUAUUUGUAACUAGAACCACUGUAUAUUCUGUGUCCACAACCCCCAGAGCCUGUUCUCAGGCUGCCUGAUUGGCUGAAUGAUGCCAAACACAAACAGGAAUCAGAUUACGGAGAGGUUUCUGGAUCUAACCCUGGAGGUCAACUACCUGCUGACUGGAGAGGUGAGGGAAUGUCAUUUUUACUUUUAUUUUACCUUUUAUACAAUGGAACUGUAGUUAACUGAUUGCCCUGAGGUGUCGGUAAGGUGAAUGUGGCGGAACCAACCACUGGAGGAGCCUGGUUGCUCGCCGGCUCCAUUUAGACUAUGGCCCCAUGUUUAAAACUGUUCGUGCCUUUCUGCCUGGGUGUUCGGUAGAUUCAAUCUACCGAACAAACUACCGAAUGAUCGACCACCUGGGAACUGGCGUGUGCCUUCAAUUGACCUCCCAGAAGCUGCGGUUAACCGCAGCUUAAUUGGUGAACGCUGGGAGGUCGCUGUUCGUGUAGCCAACAUCUGGCUGCUGGCAUUUUAAAGUCCCGAACGGCCAGCGGUGCUAAGCGCACAAACUAUGGAACUGGAAACGGACACUUAUUUGUGCGCUGAACUGCCAGCCUCCUAGCUCUUGCAUUUGGGCAUUUAACCGAAUGCUUGUUCAUUCGGUAUUUUUAUGUGUGAACGCUGUUACUCCAGAUAGCUAUGCCAUGGAGCCUAUCAGUAUAUCGAAAGAGAAUGUUAAAGACUUUGGCUCCAUGAACUGUAUGUAUGUGAUCUGAGCGCCAUUCGGUAAUAAUGUGCGCUCAGAUCUAAGCUAUCUGGGGAUAUGUAGAAUGUAGUAGUAGUAUGUUUUAUGUGAUAAAGGUAACCGUGUGUAAUUUUAUGUCGUUUUACUGAAAAUGUGUGUAAUGGAGUUUUGCCUCUGUCCUUGGAGAUAAUUGGAUUACUUCCCAAUUAUCUCCAGGACAGAGAGGAGGGAUUGUGAUGUGUAACGGACCGUUUUGCACAAAAGGGGAAAAAAAUGUUUAGGCGAUUGUCCCCCUUUCCAGUGAUGCAGGCACAGCUACUGCAGAACACCAAACUCCCGAACUGGAUACAAAAUAGCACUUCAACUCCCGAACUGGAACCUCCCAAAUAGCUGCUAGCAGACGAACAGGAAAAGCAGACAAUCAGCUUACACUCCUGGCAAUCAGUCUCUAACAGCAUACAGUGAAUCCCCCCAAGAACGAGACAGAGCUCCGUGUUGAGGGUCAAGCAGUGGUCUGUUUAAUGAGGGCUACCUGCCCAGUAUUUAUGCAGGUCUCACACCUGGUGGACACUCCCCUAGGGGACCAGAUGGAAGACUGUGACAAAAGACAGACAUGUACCAAUUACAGACAUACAGAAGUAAAACAUCCCCACAAUGCAUCCUGGCUUCCUCCCCUCUGCCCUGGAGAAGUAAUUCAAUUAUCUCCCAGGACAAAGGCAAAACUCCAUUACACAAAGACAGACUAUCACUUUAAAAUACAUAAUGGGACAAAUGGUACAGUAAAUAUAUACAUGCAACAUAUCCCCAGAUAGCUCAGGUCUGAGUGCACAUUAUUAGAUGAAUGGCACUCAGACCACACGAAUACAGUUUAAUUGCCAUGGAGCCAAAGUCUUUAAUUCCACGAACAGGCUCCAUGGCAUGGCUAUCUGGGUUAAAACAUUCCUCCAACAUAAAAUACCGAAUUUACAUGCAUUUGUUAAAUCCGUACGAAUUAGAACCAGGGGUUGGAGGUUCAGUGGUGCCUGCACGUAAAAGUGUCCGGGUUUGGUGCAGGAAAGCCGGGCAGAAAAGCGCUGGCUGCCCGGGGAGCUCCAGAACACCGCCAUCGUGUGGCGGCUAAGUGUAACCGCGACCACCCAGUAACAAUCAAUUAAGCUGCGGUUAACCGCAGCUACUGGGUGGUCAAUUGCCGGCACACGCUCGUUAAGCCGCGGUUAACCGCGGCUUCAGGGAGGUAAAUGGAGGGCGCACUCCAGCUUCUGGGUGGCCAAUUAAGGUCGCCGGCCGGCUUCCCACGGCUCUGGGGAGGCUGAAAAGAAACUGUUUGUUCGGUAGAUGGAAUCUACCGAACGGCUGUGCAGAAAGGGAGAAAUAAAUCCUUCUGCACAGUAAAAUUAACCCUUUAGCUGCCGGUCCAUAAUCCAAAGGCAGCAGGUGGGCAACCAGGCUCCUCCAAUGCAAUGUGGCGAGAUUGGUCUCGUCACAUGAUGCAUUGUGGGAUUGUUGAAAUGUGUAAGUAUGUGAUUGGUCCUUUUACCCUUUGUGUCCCAGUCUUCCAUCUGGUCCCCUAAGGGAGUGUCCACCAGGUGGAAGACCUGCAUAAAAGCCAGGUAGGUAGCCCCAGUAAACUAGUUCUGCUUGAUCCUCAAACGCAGUGUCGUCUCGUUUUUGGGGGGAAUUGGAUUGUAUGCUGUUACAGUGCGACUGCCAGGAGUGUAAGCUGUUCGGAUGGUUUUUCCUGUUCGGCUGUUUAACAGCAUUCGUGUGUUUCCUGUUCGUGAGUUGGAGUAUUCGUAUGGUUCCAGUUCGGGACUGGGAGAAUUUGUGUGUUUGCAGUUCGGGAGAUUGGUUAUUGCAGUAGCUGCCUGUGCAUCUGAAAGGGGAAUAUCGCCUAAACGUUUUUUAACCUCAUGUGUGCAAAAACGGCCCGUUACAGUGAACCCAUCAGGCCCUUUGCUAUUACCACCAAUGGGGACGGAGAGGUCUGUAAGUGAUGACUCUUUACCUUCAUAGUAAAUAAAAGAACAAGGAAAACAGCCCACCUGGGACCACUACAUCCAAAAUUUAAAUGGACACUCCACUGCCCAAAUAGAAAGAAAUCACUUUGUAUAGUCAUUAUAUAAUGUACACCUUGUAAUAUAAUUAGAAAAAGGGGAGACAGACCAGGUGGGUCAAAAGAAAUAGGGCGCCCCCUGGUGAAUUACCAUAUAUAUAUAUAUAUAUAUAUGUACGUAUAAAAUAUAACCUUUAAUAAUUACUACAUUAAAAUACUCCUAUUGCAAAUAACAAAAUGAGGAUAACAAAACAUGUUUUGUUAUCCUCAUUUUGUUAUUUUCAAUAUGAGUAUUUUAAUGUAGUAAUUAUUAAAGGUUAUAUUUUAUAUGUACAUAUGGUAAUUCACCAGGGGGCACCCUAUUUCUUUUGACCCACCUGGUCUGUCUCCCCUUUUUCUAGUUGUACACAUAAGUGAGGUUUAUCCCCUAUUUUGGACGCCCUAGAUACACACCCUGCUGGUCCCCGUAGGGGUAUCUAGCGUUUUUGUUGUAAUAGAAUUAUUAGAUACAUGAAUACAUGCAUUUACUGAUACAUUUUUAAAUUAGUGACAUAUUUAGAGACCUCUUGUCUGCAGCCUUUGUGAGCUCACACAGACUUUCGGUGUCUGUCCAAUCACAGACUUUCCAAUGCAGCUCAAUGAGAAGCCUUUACAAGGCAAGUGCUCUGGACAAUUGUUGCCUCUUGAGUUUAGUUCCACUGAGCUAACCAAACCAGGAAGUAACAGAACUUUUGAUAUGGUUGACAGCUUAAUGGAUGUCAUUUAAUGUGGAUUAAUUUAUAAAAGUGUCAAUUUUCCUUAGUCUAGAGAUGCUUCAGUAUUUUGGAUGCUUGCUGAGAAUCUUUAGGUGUCUAGAGUGUGUCCUACAUUUUACAAAAGUGCAGUUUUCCAUAAAAAAAAUGCAAUUUUACUCACCGGAUAUUCCUUUUUCCUUAGUAUGGUGGCAGUACAAUUGGGAUGUAGUCUUCCCAUGGGACAAGCAUCUGAUAUGAAAAAUUAACAUAAUAGUUCCUCCCCCAACAGGUAUAAGACACGACCUGCCAUGGAACCUCAGUUCUCUUUUUUGUUCCAUCAGAAACGGACAGCAUCUGGAUUUGUUGUAGUGAGGCACAAGGGUUGCUGCCAGGGGGAUCCGGCCCAUUAGCCUCCCUGGUGGAGCGCUGAGUGGCCUGCUUGCGUCCUGCAGGAAUUAUGGAGCAGGUAUGUUUAACUUGCUUUAUGCCGAAUGCGGUCACUGGCAAAGCAAGUAGGAGGUCUCUAGCAGCAACAAAUCUCUACCUGUACGAGACGCAUGCGCACAGUGGUGGAACGCACGCCCGGGUGGUAAUGCGUUCCAGCGGCGUUCCGACUGCACAUGUGCGGUCGGAAUUCCUGGAAAUGGUGCCAAAUUUGAAUCAAUGCUGCCUAUUUAAACUGUGCAGAUCUGACUGACCGCAUGGAUGCUAGCCAGGAAGGAACUUCCGUGUCACCAACUCCCCCCCACACAGGUCAGAGGUUUUAGAGGUGAUUUAUUUUCAGUUUCUUGUCUUUAAGAUCUCUAUUUUAUUUAUUUUAUUUAAUUUUUACAACAGUUUUGUAAUUUCUUGUGUGUUGCAGAUAUGUCCUGUCUCUGCAGAUAUUCUGGAUAGCGACAAGUUGCCUGCUCCUGCUCCUAAAAAAAAAAGCCAGUUCUAAAUCAAAACAUCUGAGUUGUAGUGAAUGUUCCACACCACUACCAGAUGGUUCAAAACGGAAAAUCUGCAAUCAGUGUUCGUCCUUAUCACUGGAUAAGUGCAAGCAAUAGGACAUGAAGUCAUUCUUGUCUUGGUUUCAAGACCAUCUGGCCCAGACAUUUGAGUCAUUCAAAGAUUCUGCAGACUAGAAGGUUACAGCUCCUGUUAAAGCAACAACCAAACAAAGGCUAAAAUGGAAGAGAUCUUUGUCUAGAUUAGAACGGUUUUCCACAUGAAGAAUUGAGGAGGUUUAUUAAAGAAGUUAAUGUUACCUUCUCUGAUGACACAUCAAAUAAAGCAAGUAGAAAAGCCCUUCCAGUUCAACAGCAGAUUUUGGACCUUAUGUACAGAGGGCAUCUAUUUCCAGACAUUUCAAGAGCAUUAGGGAGAAGACAAGUGGAAAGACUUGCCAGUCAUUGACGUACAAGUUGCUCAGUUGUCUAAAAAGACUACCAUACCGAUUGGAGAAGUCUCUGGUCUUAAAUACCCUAUGGAUAAAAGGGCAGAAACAUCCAACAGAAAAGAAUAUCAGGCAGCAGGAUUUCAGGCUAGAGCAGCAUCGGCUUCAAGGAUUGGAAGAUAGCCUGGGUGAACACCAAGACAAAGAUCUUUCUUACCUGUUCCAAAAUGUAAGGUUAUCCAAUUAAUACAUGCUAGAUGUUAUCACGGAGGUGAAUAAACUUUCGUCUCGUGUCAUGGGCUUGACAUCUGUGGCCCGCAGGGCACUUUAGCUUAAAGUCUGGACGGCUGAUACGGCCUCAAAAUCUGCACUGUGUGAACUUCCUUUGGGGAGGAAGAAAUUGUUUGGUUCUUCUUUGGAAGAAUUAAUCCGACAAAUGUCGGAAACCAAAAAGGCUCUCCCUCAGGACAAUAAGUAUUCAUGGAAGCCCAGAAACAAAAACUUCAAGUACAAGAACCGUAGGAGGUAUCAAGACAAACCCAGGUUGAUUUGAGGUUUGACACACACAAAGACAUCAAGUCUGACAGAGCAAAAAGAUUCUGGCGCCAUACGAGUGGGUGGACGAAUACAACAAUUUGCUCACGGAUGGAGGAAGACCACUGCAAAUCCAUGGAUUCUAAAACUGGUUGCGAGGGGAUACAGAAUAAGGUUCUUAGGUGUUCCAAGACCAAGUUUCAUUGUCUCCUCCUAUUGUUCAAAACUAAAAAACAUGCCCUCUUCUCCGCUACAGUCACACUUUUAAAGAAAGGAGUUGUAGAAAGAGUUACAAGUACCUAGCUAUAUCAGGGUGUCUACUCCCGGUUGUUCCAGGUCCCAAAACCAGAUAUGUACUUUCAUCCCAUUUUGGAUCUUAAAGAGCUAAACAAAAGGAUUCCAUACCAGCAUUUCAGAAUAGAAACCAAAGCAUCAGUCACUUAUAUCCUUCAAAUAGGGGAUUUUAUGGCGACUUUGGAUUUAAAAGAUGCCUACCUUCACAUUCCUAUGGACGUAGGCUCAAGAAAAUACCUGCGGUUUGCCAUAAGAAAAGGUCACAAGGUUCAUCACUUUCACAGCCUUCUUAAGGGUGCAAGGAAUCACAGUUGUUCCAUAAUUGGACCUCUAGCACAUAAAGGCAAAUUCAAGAGACGCUCUAGAGUCGGAUGUGGCUUAACCCCUUAAGGACCAAACAUCUGGGAUAAAAGGGAAUCAUGACAUGUCACACAUGUCAUGUGUCCUUAAGGGGUUAAACUCCUCAGAAUCCUGAAAGAACAUGGUUGUGUUAUAAACCUAGAAAAAUCCCAUCUGCUUCCUUACAAGGUCAAUUCAGUUUCUAGGUUUUUUUAAAUCAAGUCAGACACUCUUUCUAUUCACCUAACUGGGUGAAAAAGAAGAAAGCUCAAGAAACUGAUAAAGGAUCUUCAGUGAAAACCAGAAUGUUCUGGGAUAAAAGCUAUGCAGGUGUUGGGACACCUCACCUCCACCAUCCCAGCAGUACAAUGGGCCAGAGCAGAAUCAAGGCAUUUACAGUGGGAAAUUCUUGCGCAGUGGUCAAAGAAAGAAGACUUGGAUGCUUUGCUAAGUAUAUCAGAUCCUGUAAAAAGACAACUAACUUGGUGGCAAAAGACCAGUUUCAUGGCAGAAGGACUAUCUUUUUGACCCAAAAAUAAUUGCAACGGACCCUACAAAUACAGGUUGGGGGGCUCACCUGCAGUAUCACUUAAGGCAAGGCACAUGGUCGGAAGAUGAGAAAAGGGAAUCUUAAAAUUACAUGCAGUUGAUAACCGUCUUAUACGCUCUUCAUCAGUUCAGAGCUCUGAUUGUGGGGAAAGUGGUGAAAAUGCAGUCAGACAAUCAGACUAUGGUGGCUUACCUGAACAAACAAGGAGAUACGAGGGUAAGAAAAUUGCACUCCCUUUGCACAAGGAUUAUGUCCUAGGCUCAAAGUCAUCUAGACGACCUGUCCGCUACUCAUAUACGAGGGAUAGACAACAUUAUAGCAGACGAUUUGAGCAGAUAAGAAUGGUCCCAGAAUGAGUGGUCUCUGAAUCUGGUCAUUUUUUUCUCAACUAGUGAAAAGAUUUGGUCUGCCUGUCAUCGAUCUAAUGGCAAGAAGGUCAAAUGCAAAGGUGAUAGCAUUUGCCUCCCUCUUAAAGGCAGACAUGUUCUGGAUGGGCUGUUGAUCAGGUGGGAAUUCAGCCUUGCAUUCAUAUUUCCCCCGUGGAGUCUUAUCCCAAGGAUUCUGUAAAAGGUGAAAACAGAACAAGCAAUGGUCCAGGCCAUAAUCCCAUACUGGCCAAAUUGAAGCUGGUUCUCAGUUUUAAUGAAGAUGGUUUUGAAGUACUGGGAACUUCCGGCGUCAACAGAUCUCUAGGAGAACGAAGGGGUUCCAGUAGAGUUGUUGCAAAUGUUCAAAUUGACCGUUUGGCUUCUGCACGGCUAAUCCUGCAUAACAAGGGCAUUAAGAAAGAGAGGUUCAAGUUGUUGCUAAAUUCUACCAGAAACUUUACCUCAGCUAACUACUUGAAAAUUUGGACGAAAUUUCUUCAUUGGUGCAUCUCUCAUCGUUGCAUAAGAUCUUCUACUGAUACAAUCUUGCGUUUUCUUCAAGACGGCCGUGAAAAAGGUCUUCAUUUAUCUACUCUCAGCCAUUUCUGCUCUCAGCCAUUUUUUGGUAAAAAAAAACUUGGCUUCAAAUCCUUUCAGGAGAUUUUUUUAAGGCUGUCAGGCUUAUGAAGCCUCCCCAAAAAAUUUUUUUUUUUCCCUAUUGGGACCUAUAUUUGGUUUUGAAGUCUCUUUGUACCCAGCCUUUCGAACCUUUGGAGGAAACUUCCUUGAAGCUCCUGUCUCUGAAAACUGCAUUUUUGGUGGCCAUAACUUCCUCUAAGAGGAUAGGUGAAAUUCAUCUGCUGAAUUUACUAAAAUUCUUCCUGACAAGGUUAUUGUGUAUCCAAAACUUUCUUUUUUACCUAAAGUCAUCCCUUUCAUGGCUAUCAAUCAACCAAUUUCCCUGCCUUCCUUUGGUUAUCCAUCUGUCUCCGAUUUGGAUUAUAAUUGGCACAAGUUGGAUGUCGGAAGAUCUCUGAAGAUCUACUUAGACCGCUCCUCUACAUACAGGAAGACUGACCAUCUUUUUGUCAAUUUCUUUGGAAACUUUAAAGGUCAUGUUGCCUCCAAGUCUACUUUAGCGAGAUGGCUCAUGGGCGCGAUUAUAUUGACUUAUUCCUCCUCAAAUCUGCCUCUGCCUGCCUCCUUGAAAGCUCAUUCUACUAGAGCCAUGGCUGCUUCCUGGGCCGAAAAAGCAUGUGCUUCACCUGAAGAUAUCUAAAGAGCCGCUACAUGGUCUUCAUUCAACACCUUUGUCAGUUAUUACAGACUAGACAAAUUCUCUGCCUCUGACGCUGCUUUCAGGCAAAAGGAUUUACAAGCGGUGGUUGCAUAAUUCCCACACAUAGCUCUGGGGUUUCGAUAUAUCCCUAUGGUAGGUACUGCCACCAUAUGUCAGGAAAAGCUGCAAUUUUACGCACCGUAAAUUCCUUUUUCCUUAAUAUGGUGGCAGUACAUCACUCCCUCCCUUUGUUAAUAAAUUUUGAUAUUUUUGCAGUAAUAAGUGUCUGAGGUUUUAUUGGGACGUACUGAGGUUCCAUGUCAGGUUGGUGUCUUAUACCUGUUGGGGGAGGAACUUUUAUGUUAAUUUUUAAUUUCAGAUGCUUGUCCAACGGGAAGAGUACAUUCUUAUUUUACUGCCACCAUACUAAGGAAAAAGGAAUAUCCGUUGAGUAAAAUUGCAUUUUUUUUAUGGAAAACUGCACUUUUGUAAAAUGUAGGACACAAUCUAGACACCUAAAGAUUCUCAGCAAGCAUCCAAAAUACUGAAGCAUCUCUAGACUAAGGAAAACAAUACAAAAGUAGCUUGGAACAUAUACAUCCCAUAAUUCCGUUUUCAGUUACCCGUUUUACUUUAAAUAUAUUUGAGGUGACAUUGUGACUUUUCUGAGCAAAUUACUGGAACAUGUGAGCAAUGGGCAGGGAAAUAUUGAAUGUUAAAAGCAGAUAAUUCUUACUUGUAGUGUGUCUUUCUCUAACUCCAUUGAUGCACAUUAGACCUCCUUUCAUUAUGUAGAAUUAUAUUGUUGUGAAGAGGCCUGCUGAGUCCAUACUACAGAGCAACAGUCCCUGUGUGUUGGAUGGAUCGAACAGGAUCCAGAGCCCCAGCACGGUGCCUCCACCUCACUCACUGAUGCAUGAUGGAAACAACGAGCAGAAGAUCAUGAAACUGACCAAUAAAAUCAUCCACCUGCUGACUGGAGAGGUGAGGCGAGGCUGCUGGGAAUGUGAUGUGAUAUAGAGUAAAUCAAAGGGAUGUGUCUGGAUGGUAACUGUAUCAUUGUGUGUGUCAGGUUCCUGUUAGGUGUGAGGAUGUGUCUGGAUGGUGACUGUAUCAUUGUGUGUCUCAGGUUCCUGUUAGGUGUGAGGAUGUGUCUGGAUGGUAACUGUAUCAUUGUGUGUGCCAGGUUCCUGUUAGGUGUGAGGAUGUGUCUGGAUGGUGACUGUAUCAUUGUGUGCCAGGUUCCUGUUAGGUGUGAGGAUGUGACUGGAUGGUGACUGUAUCAUUGUGUGUGCCAGGUUCCUGUUAGGUGUGAGGAUGUGACUGGAUAGUGACUGUAUCAUUGUGUGUGCCAGGUUCCUGUUAGGUGUGAGGAUGUGUCUGGAUGGUAACUGUAUCAUUGUGUGUGCCAGGUUCCUGUUAGGUGUGAGGAUAUGGCUGGAUGGUGACUGUAUCACUGUGUGUGCCAGGUUCCUCUUAGGUGCGAGGGAUGUCACUGUUUAUUUUCCUUGUAGGUGUGGAAGUAUUUAGAAGGACACAAGGAACCUUACAAUGACUUAAUGAUGGACACUCACCAGCCUCUCAGCUCACUGGGUAAGAGGAAGCACUUUAAAAAAAAAAUAAAAAUAAUUUUUUUUAGAUUUUUGCUGUGCAAAGGAUAGGUACAAACAAGCUCGAGGUACCCCAACGGCAAUCCUCUAGCAUCAUAUCAAGCUUUACAAUCGGGGUAGUAGAUUAGAUGUGCACAAUUUUAUAUUAGAUUAAUAAACAUGCGUGAAGAUUCAAGGUAUGGUAGCAGGAAUUAGUGAAACACAUUACAGAUAUUAAGACUAUGUUAGGCUUUCUGAUGCUGAUUAAAAUGUAUAACAUGCUAGCUGGGUAUAUAAUCAGAUAGAUAUAUAAUAACAUGAAUAGGCCUAUGGUACGCAAAGCCAUCCUGUCUAAAUAGUGGAGGGUGGCAAGUGUAUGGUGUAUUCUGUGAGAAGUUGUGUAGCACAGAGUAAGAGAGUGUAGGUGUAGUGUCAGGCCUAGUGUGCUGGCAAUGUGAGGCAAUAUACAUAGUUAAGAUCACUAGACAGGUUGCGAAGCUGCGCCGUCUGCAAUAGGACAUGGUGAUAGAGUCCUGCAUGGUGAAGGCGGUCGUGGGCCCUGUGAAGAAUCCCCCUCCAUUCAUUCAAUACUUUCCCUCCCUGCUACUUUAUUCAUGGAUUUAUUACUGUGACGAAGUGCCCUUCGCCACUUGUGCCUGGAGAAGCAUUCAUUCAUUCAAUACUUUCCCUCCCUGCUACUUUAUUCAUGGAUUUAUUACUGUGACAAAGUGCCCUUCGCCACUUGUGCCUGGAGAGGACUGCUUGCCCUCCUCUUGCCCUGUGACUAUGGACCCUGGGAGAUUUGGCCCGUUCAAUUCAGUAUGAUAGGAGUUAUGUAUUUUUGUAUCCUUUUGUGUUUUACUGGGAACAUGUGCUCAAUGGAGUCUGCCUCUAUCCCUGGAUAAUUGGAUUAUUUUCCCCAUUGUCUCCAGGAUAGAGGGCUCUGUAAAACCGGUUUGGGCCAGAUAGCCAUGCUGCCAGCCAGGCCCCCCAGAAAUACUUUACUAACUUCUGAACCCCUGGUCUGAUUCAUGCCAUUUUUUUGAUAUGUUGUUUCCCUGGAUGGAUUGAUUGUGAAUAUAUAAUUUUUAUGAAUAUGCUGUAAAAACUGUAUUUUUCCUGCAUGUGAUAAUUGAAUCUUCUAUUGUAUAAGAUAAUUGAAUUACAGGCAGAGGGGAGGAUUUUGUGUGGGCUGUAACCUCUGUUUUAUUGGCUACUGUAGAUAACGUGUGUGUCCCUCCCCUGCAUGGGAGCAGGGCAUAAAAGAAACUGUAGCUUGAAUACCUGUUGUUGUUACUUCCAGUAAAGUCUUGUUCCAGCAUUAAGCCUUGGCUCAUGUUUGGGGGAUUGGAAAACUACACUCUGGGGAUUGCUAUAAUCUUACUCCCCAGAGUAAACUCUUGCAAUAGCUUGAUUUGUUCCUGCUACGCUCUCUGGAUUUAGGAGAGGUUCACCCACUGGGAGCUGGAUCCUGGUCGUGGAUCCAGGGUGGGUGGAGUGGGCGAGACCCCGGCGCAGCUGUAUUGCUGGAAGUAGGGUCUGCAGUGCUGAUGGUGUCGGUUGGAGUGCUUGGAGUCCUCAGCGAGCACUAGGCGCAUCGAUUGGCGGAGGUACUCAGUCGGAGUGUCAGCGUUCCGUCACAGGCCCAUCUAGCUGAUACUCCAGACAGUCAUCCGAUGCCCCUACGGGGGUCGUUUCUCGCGAGUGGACUCAGUCUGCAUUGGGGAGCAGUGUAGCAAUGUGGAGGCAGAGCGCCCCUCCAGCCCUGGGGUUGCGAGAGAGCCGGUACCCUUAUAUCACGAACAUGGAGUACUGCGAGGUCCAGGGUCUUCCUGUUAGGGAUAGUGCGGUGGGCGCUGCUUGUUGUCUGUGUGGGACUCCAUUUGAGUCUCUUAGCCCUCCGCGUGUGUGACCGGUACCUUUGGGUCAAAACCCUCUUUGCUCUCAGUCCAGGUGGGCAACGUGUGCUGGUUGUGGAAGCUGGGGACAAGUUCGCGCCCUUAAGAGGUUUCCUAAUCCUCCUCAUGCCGUCCUCUUCUGCUCCCAUAGGUGGCAGUUGUAGGGUGUUAAGAAUAUCUUACACUCCAGCUGAGUAAAUCUGUGCAGCGGCUCCCGAAAUCCAAGUAAAUACAAAGGGGUUGUGAAUUAUAGCUCCCAAUACCCCAAACAUGAGCCAAGCCUUCAUGAAAGGGUAAAACGAUCUGGUUUAUUGAUGGCCACAGCUGGGCCUUUUAUGCAGGUGCUCCAGCAAGGGUUACUCCCACAAAGACCUUGUGGAGGACAGGAACACAAAAUACAGUGCCCACAUAUAACACACUCCCACAUGAAAACUUAAUUAUCUCCAGGUAGAGAAAAUAUUUCUAUUUUACAAAAGUACAUUAAAAUACAUAACUUUGUUUGAACCCCAUCAUUCGACAUAUCCCAGAUAGCUUGGGUCUGAGCGCUCAAUAUCGUGGAACAGCGCUCAGAUCCUACGAACACAGUCAAAUCGCCAUGGAGCUAAAGAGUUCUUUUCUCCAACUGUUCGUUUGGCCAGCAUUAGCUCCAUGGAUUGAGCUAUCUGGGGUCGGUCUCUUUCGCGAGUUUAGUGUAACGAAUGGCACGGCGUUCGUGUAGAUAUAAACGAACAAGGUGGAAGUUGGAUAGUCCCAACGGUGUUCGUGUGAAAUUGUGGCCGAAAAUAGUUUGACGCAGUCGACGACCAAACACCCAUGGGCGUUCGUCAGUUUAAAAUGGCUGCCACCAUGUGUUUGUUCAAAUGAACGGCGACCACCCAGUUGUUCAACAAAUAUCUGUGGUUAACCGCAGCUUCUGGGCGAUUUAAUGAGCUGCACACUCCCAGUGCAGGUGGUAUGGCUGUUCGUUUUUUUAGGAAAGGGCGAAAUAGGGCUAACUACACUAACAGCAGAUGAAAUACAAAAGGCUGGGCAUUCAUAAAACAGGGGUUUUGCAUUCAUGACUUAAAGAUCUUGGCUAAGAUACAGGCGGACAGACUGAACCCGCUUCUGACCUCACUUAUCCACGCUGAUCAAGUAGGGUUCAUACAGGGUCGGCAGUUGUUCGAAAACACCAGACGGACUGUCGACUUGAUCUGGAAACAAGUAGCAACUGGAACACCUUCUCUGGUCAUAUCUAUUGAUGCAGAGAAGGCCUUCGAUAGGGUUAGAUGGAAGUUCUUGUUCUCAGUGUUGACGCACCUUGGAUUUCCGGAUGAAUUCAUGCAAGUUACAAGAGCAAUGUAUCACGAUGUAAGGGCACAGAUACAGAUAGCAGGAGCCCCAAUGAACCCUUUUAGCCUGCACAACAGGACCAGACAGGGAUGUCCUCUCUCCCCCCUUCUUUUCGUGCUGGCUAUGGAACCCCUUCUUCAGGCAUUACGCAGGCACCCAAACAUCAGUGGGGUAACGGUUGGGGGGGAAGAAUUUACUGUAUCCGCUUAUGCGGACGACGUCCUUCUCACUGUGACGAACCCACUUGAAUCAAUAUCGGCACUACAGAGGGUCAUACAAGAAUACGGGGGCCUGUCCGGCUAUAAGGCCAACAAUCCGGUGCGAUGUCUAUAGGUCUACCGGCAGCCGAUGUAGCUCUGAUAAAGGAAACGCACCACCUAAGGAUGGAACCGAACUCCUUAAAAUACCUAGGAGUCCACUUGACGGCAGAUCCUGAUCGACUAUAUUCUAACAACUACGAUCCCAUGCUACGGACUCUAAUGGGAGAUCUGGAAAAAUGGUCAGACAAACCUAUCUCUUGUUUGGGGCGUAUUCACUCUGUAAAGAUGAAUAUCCUCCCGCGCAUAUUGUUUCUCUUUCAAGCUCUCCCUGCCCGCAUCACAAAAUCUCAACUGUUGCCGCUACAGAGGGUGAUCUGUGACUUUGUGUGGCACAAUAAGAGACAUAGAAUAGCCAGACAAAUCCUAUAUAGGCGAAAAGAUAGAGGGGGAUCGGGGCUCCCAAACCUGUAUUAUUACUACUUGGCGGCACAACUCUCUCAGGUGGCCGUGUGGCAUUCCCCUGUGGGGGAAAGGAGAUGGGUGGAAAUUGAAUCUUUGAUGGUAGGCCUCGAUGUCCCCCAAUUCACGUUAUGGGUCCCAAAAGAACACAGGCCCAUGAUAAGGGUAACAUGCCCGGCCAUCCUUAACUCUCCGAUUAUGGGAUGCGAACUGUGUCAAAUUUGGACUCGCUUCAUCCCCUUCCCCUAUGGCUCCGAUACUCAGAAAUAGAGUUUCCACCUGGCAUGGCCCCUAGGAACUUUCGAAAUAUAGAAAAGACUGGGCUACAGCAGAUUUACCAACUAUAUAGAGAGGGGGAUGUCAUACCUUUCCAAGACCUCCAACAAAAUACCCACCUAACUCCAGCAGACUACUUUAGAUAUGUUCAGAUAAGGGACUUCGCUAGAAGACCCCGUAUUAAAGCUGCAGCCCAGGAACAGUUUACUUUUUACGAGAGACUAUGUAGAGAGGGAUCAGCCCCCAAAGGAAUGAUUACGCUUCUGUAUGCACAUCUCAGCACGGAGACUAAAGAAUGGGGUAGAUUGAAAUACACAGAUAGAUGGGAGACGGACCUGGGGGAGGAACUGGAAGGAAUCAAAUGGCAGGAGAUAUGGGAGGCAACCAAGAGCGCUUCGAUAUGUGUCACGCAACAGGAGCAGGCAUGGAAAACCAUGCUCAGCUGGUAUACUACUCCGAUAACUUUGCACAAAAUGCACAAGAUAGAUACUGACGAAUGCUGGAGGGGUUGCGGAUUCCGAGGCACGUACCUCCAUAUGUGGUGGGAAUGCCCGAAAAUCCGUGGUUUCUGGAAGUUGGUUGAAGACCUCUUGAAGCAGACGUUUGGCAAACCCCUGGCCUUGGACCCAUGGAUCUACCUGUUAAAUAGAUCUAUUGAGGGAUGGACGAGAAGAGAGCAGAAACUGGUACGGGCGAUAACUUUAAGUGCACGCAGAGCUGUCGCAACGGCGUGGCUGCCACCUGGAGGCCCGGAGUUUGGGGGGGUGAUCUCUAGGAUAAAGGAAAGCAGAAUCAUGGAAGAUCUGACUGCUAGACUAAGAGGAACAACCGUAACCUUCCAGAGGGUUUGGGAACCAUGGGACAAUAGCGUAAUGGGCUCCGGUAACAAUUGAUGGGUCGAAUAUAUGGUUUAAAUUGGGAUCCGACACUGCAUGGUCGGAGUCGGAAUGAAAUACCUCAGCCUCGUCCGCCUCCACCCCCCGUCCCCCCGUCCCUUCCUCCUUAUCCUUCACACUCACAUCUUUCUCGUCUUCUUAAUCCCUCUUCCUCGCCUUAUCUUUUCUUUUCUUUCCCUAUCUUUCUUUUCCACGCUUUCUCAACCUUGUUACUAAACCCUUGGUUUACAAGGGUUUUUUUUUGUUUUUUUUUUACCUCUUUAUUUCUAACAUUGUCUCAGUCGAUGGUGGCAUCAUUUAUUUCCCUCACUCAGGCAUGAGUAUACUGACGGAGAAUUGAGGAUGCCUAAAGUACACCCUGACAUGGAUGGAGUUAGGGCUCCUUCUCAGGAUGCAGGGCCUGACUAAAAGAUACAGUAUCAUCGAUGGGAGGCGAGAGGAAUAGCAUUCAUUAAGAGGCUUGUCUUUUGGGCUAACGUCAUAUUUCGUGAUUUCUUGCAUUUAGGCUCCUGUGCGAGCCUCACAGUUGUAUUGCUCUUGCUAUGCCUAUCAUGCAUAAAAUUGGGAAUUUAAGUGAUGUAGCCAUAUAAAAACAUAAAAUCCUCGAUGGGGGGCAAAUUGUAUGGAAUCUAUAAAAUGGCUUGUCAUAGGGGCCGAUGUUAAUUUUUAUGUUCAUAAGUAUGCUCUUUUAUAUUUUGGCUUCUGCGCAAGCCUCCAAGUUGUAUUAUGCUUGCAUUGCCUAUCGUGUGCAAAAAUAAAGAAUAAAAAAAAAAAAACAGGGGUUUUGUCACAUAGGGCAUUUGCUCGUUGUCCGCGGUCUUACAGCUUCUCCCAGGACUUUUCAAAUAUCGCGUCGAGUGUCUGGUGCUGUAGUGCUGGGGCCUGCUGUGUCAUACUGUAGCAGGGUCAGGCCGCAUGUAGAGGAGCCUUGUAGGUCCGCCAUCUUCCCUCCAUUCCCGAUCAGCUCAGGAGUAGUACUCCUCUAGGACGGGUUAGGCUGUGGCAGUUCGGGACGACGGGUACCAGGAUAACCACAGGGGUGAGGGGGUAGAAGAGUCUUACUCAGACGGGUCUUGGGACUGCAGGAGGAAAGUGGCUGUCUUUCCCCCACGCUCUCUCUCUGGUAGGCCGCACCUUGCUACCGCGGUUCCCGGGCACUCAGAACAUUGACUCCAGUGUCAAUAGUUGCGGGUAAGUUAUGUCUGCUUGUAGGGCUCCAUAGGUACCGUUUUCCAGCACCUCCCCCCGAAAAAUCACUGUGUUUGUCGCACAUGCAAGGCAUGUCUAUCUAGCUUGCUGGUCAGGCUCCGCCCCCAAAUAAAGCACUUUUUAUAUACACAGCUUGUGUUAUAACUAUAUAUACCGUAUUUUUCGCUCCAUAAGACGCACUUUUUUCCCCCUCAAAAGUGAGGGGAAAUGUCUGUGCGUCUUAUGGAGCGAAUGUGAAGAUUUACUUACCUGUCUUGGAGCGUGGGCCGGCUUCACAGCAUGCUCCGCGGUCCAGGAACUUCUAUUUCAGGUUCCGGUUUCCGGCGGGACUGAAAGGAAGUGCACAGUGUGGUGAGACAAGGGUGUACUUGGGAGUCAGUGGGUGAGACAAGGGUGUACUGUGAAGAACCUGACAAACCGGCAGGUCUCUGCCCACCGAGGCACCAGAAAUCAGACAUGGCCCACCAAAAUAGCCAAGCAGAAAACAUUAAUUGUGUGAUGAGGAGAGAUCCACCAAAGAUUAAGAUGCAGACCAUCAGUCAUUCUCUUUUCUCCAAGUGCUGAGAGCACUUUUGAGUGCUGAGGGCCUACGAACCUUGAAGGAGGGACAUAGCAGUAUGCGAUGUCAUAGACAUGUCCCAGGGUCACGUUAAAUUGUACAUGUUGGCAAGGAGAGAAGAUUCUGCCUAAUGGGUUUAGUGGCAGAUAUUGAGAGAUGUGGGUCUGCCCCGACAGCUCCAGGAGAAUUGGGAACUAUUGUUGAGUACUUCAAAGCUGGGUAAUGAGUAUUGAGACCUCGAUUCCAAAAUAAAUGAAGGACUAGCAGGAUCAUGGAGAAAGGUGGAUGGUAGAUAUUGGUCUCUUCUAUGUCUGCAGGACUGUAAUAUUCAAAUAGACUUGACAGACCCUGGACAUGGUGGUAUACAUAAAAGGGACAAACAUCUUCUUAAAUUAGGGGAAAAAUAUCAUGAAACAAUUUAAAAUCUAGAUAUUCCAAAAUAUUCUUCUCCUAACCUGGAAUGCAAUAUAUAAUGCAAAGAGAAACACAUACUGUCUGCAACAUCCAGUAUUAAAGAUGGCUGCUGGUUUAUAUCAUUCACAAACUGGCCACAAUUUAAUAAGCAUUACAAAUGAUUCAAUACUGUAAUAAUUUUUUAUUUUUUUUUAAAAUGAUUUAUCUACACAAAUUCCCAUAGCCUUUCAUGGUGACUUCUGUGGUUACAUCAUUUGGUAAGUUUUUUUCUAACAAUUGAAUAACUCGGGAAAUGUAUUAAAUCGAGGCUAAAGUAUCAUGUUCAAAUACAGAUGACCAUAACGAUUGUUAAAUAGUUGCUUCAAAAGUCAAGACAGGUUCACUUUAACAGGUGUAUUUAUUAAAGUGAGAAUUUGAAGUAAAUUUUAAAAUUUAAGCUCAAAAUAGCUGAAUGAAAUAAAAAAAAAAAUCUUUGAGUUGGGCUACUCUGGUUUUAAAUUCGAGAUUCACUCUGAAUUCUCAAUUGAGUAAGUUUUGGAUAGAAUUUGGACUUGGAUCAAAAACAUGAUUUGGUAGUCAGGUUUGUCAAAACUCAAGCCUGGUCUUUACAAGUAAGUGGUGUCUUUGGUCCUAUUGGGUUAGGAAUGGCUGCCCCUACUGAACGAGAGUAAGGCAAGAGAUGAACUGAAAAGGUUGUUCAGAGACUCCAGCUCUUGAUCAGCUGUAUUGGAGGGGGAGGGGGGGAGCAGGGGGAGCAGAACCCAGUAGAUUCCAGGUAUGAAGUCAAACCAUUUUACACCAGUUAAUACUUCUGUCACCAUAAUUACUACAGUAUGUUGUAGUGGUUAUGGUGCUUGCACUGUUGUUUUUUUCUUUUAACAAAAUAAUAAACAGACAUAAACUGCAGUGAGUGGAAACAGACAGCAUUUAUUGGGGGAGGCAGAUGCAAAAACCAGUAACGAGCGAUUUAUAGAUGUAGGCACCUUAUUCAUUGUGCCUCUAGAGUUUGAAAAACACUUUUUUACUUUUGUCUUUCAUGACCAAAUGGUUUGCACAUGCUGUGACAACAGUUCUCAAUAUUUUACCAUUAUACUCUAGAUACCGUAUCUCGUACUGUAUUUUCAGAGUUUGCAAAGAAAGAGAUAAAAGGAAGGUUUGUAAUUCUAUUUGUUUUCUUUCCAGCAGAUGGCUCUCUAAACUCAAGUGAAACCGAUGAUUUACCCAUCCAGGUCCCAUCAGCAAAUUGUGUGACUGUAGGUGAAGUUUCAGUUAAUCAUGGAGAAAAUUCUAUGACAUUUAAUGAACUAAAUAAGACACCAAGCAAAUCUGUUGGACCAGAAAUAUCUCUACAUGAAGAAAGAAAUCUACCAAUUGGAGAAAUUUACUCACUGAAAGAAUGUUCACAAACCAAAUCACCAACAGCUUUUAAUGUGGAGGAACCAGUCCCACAAGAAGACAUAAAUCUCACAGACAAUGACAUUAUUACACCCACAGAACAGACACAGUAUCCAUCUACUCAUAUUAAGGAGGAUCCUGCCUUGUGUGAAGAAGGGAAUCUCAUAGACACUGACAUUAUUACACCCACAGAAAAGACAGAAUAUCCCUCUAUUCAUAUUAAGGAGGAACCAGCCUCAUAUGACGAUGAAACUCUCACAGACGCUGACAUUAUUAGACCAACAGUACAAACAGAAUAUCAAUUUAUUAAUAUUAAGGAGGAACCAGCCUCAUGUGAUGAGGAAAAUCUCACAGAGACAAACAUUCAUACAAACAUAACACAUACAGAAUAUCCAUCUACUUAUAUUAAAGAGGAAUCACCCUGGUGUGAAGAAGGAUAUCUCACAGACAAUGAUAUUUAUACAAGCACAGAACAGACACAGACAGAAUGUGAAUCUACUCAUAUUACGGAGGAUUCAGCCUCUUGUGAAGAAGGGAAUUUCACAGACACGGACAUUUAUGCAAACACAGAGCAUAUACAGACAGAAUGUCCAUCUACGCCUAUUACGGAUGAUUCAGCUUCGUGUGAAGAAGUCGAUAUCAGUGAUCUGGACAUUCAGACCCUUCCGUGUGAUCCUAUGAUAGAAUAUGAAAGGAAUACCAAUAGCUCUGAUAGUCACGAAGUGUCACUCACCAAUUUAAAUCAAAUGAAAGCGACUUGUUCAGAAUGUGAGGAAAACAUUACCUGUAAAACAAAUCUAAUUGGACAUAAGGGUUUUGAGUCAAAAUCACAUGUUAUCGAAUUUCACAAGACUUGCCAAGGAGCUGAAUCACAUCCCCUUAUUAAACAAGAGAAACAGGAGACAAAAUCUCAUCCCAGAUGUCGUCUCAUUCACAGUGGAGAAAAGCAUAAACGAAAACAUUCUUGUUCUGAAUGUGAGAAAUGCUUUAAGUGUAUUUCCACUCUUAAGCUUCAUUUGAGGAGCCACACAGGAGAGAAACCAUUUUCAUGUUCGGAAUGUGGCAAAUGUUUAAGUCAGAAAAAAUCGCCUAUUGCUCAGGAAUGGAUUCAAAGUGAAAAGAAACCUUUCGCCUGCUCUGAGUGUGGGAAAUGUUUCAGUCAAAGUGGCAGCUUUAAUAGACAUCUCAGGAUUCACACCGGACUUAAACCAUUCUCAUGUUCUGAAUGUGGGAAAUCUUUCAGUCAGAAAAGCAACCUUGAUAGACAUGCAAUGAUACACACAGGACUUAAACCAUUUUCAUGUACUGAAUGUGGGAAAUGUUUCAGCCAGAAAGGCCAUUUUAAUACUCACCUAAGAGUUCACAAUGGAAAUAAACCUGAAAUUAAGAAACUAUAAUCUCCAAACGGAGUGUAAAAAUAAAUAAAACAUAACGCUCAUUAAAUUAAAUAAUCCCAGACCAAUGUUCAAUACAUUCAGGUUGUGUUUUAUAUAAAACACUGAUUUUAUACAUUUCCCAGCAUUAAAGAGUAAAGUCAAUAGACUAAUGUGUACAUUCAUCACAGGUAUUGUUUAAUCGCCAUAACAUCUAUGCAUCAUGGCAAACGUUAGGGUGCAUAGAGGGGUCUUUAUACUACAGCAGUUUGUCUAUGAUAUAUCAAAUUUAUAACUACAAAGGAAAAUAAAAACAAGUAGAAAGGGAAAAAUUACUUGAUACGUUGUAGUGCUGGUGUAAUCAUUUGAAAUAAUUGGGGAACGCAAUAAUUUGAAUAGUAAAUAAAAGGACUUUAUCACUAAUGAUAUAGACUGCGACAUUUAAGUCCGUACAUAAUGUAGUUAGCUUGAUCAAAGUAAGUUAGACAAUGGACUAUGAAACUAUUGUAGCAGUAUUGUCAGGGUAGAUUUUAUAUAUAUAUAUAUAUAUAUAUAUAUAUAUAUAGUAUUUACAAUAUAACUACCCCACCACGGCCUUAUUAACUCCAUGAGUUUAUUAGCUAAAAUAGUGAAACACAGGUUAGACAAGCUACACAGGAGACCAACGCUGGCCAAGGAAUAUAGAAGGUCACAACGGGGAAGAUUAUUGAAGCCUGGAUAUUCCAGAGUAGAGAAUUGUUAGCGAGCGACUAUGUCACGCAGCAAACAUAGAAAGUAUAUAGUUUUGGUAGAUACAGAGUCUUUGAAAAAGUUGAGACAAAACAAGGCAAUGUUUGAGCUUACUGUAAGUGGUAUCAAGCUACACACGAAACAAAGUCCAUUUUCUGAUGUAUACUAUAAAUGAGGGAGUCUGUCGGAAUGAGGCAACAGUACCAGAGAGAUCUGUAAGCAUGAUUGAGAUUGAAGAGUUGCCAGCAAUGCAGGGGGAAAUGAGGAUGAUGCCUGAGCUUAGUCAGAUAGUGCUAGCCAAGGUCGUAAGCAAGUAUGGUAGAAAUGUACAGGGAUAAUCCAUAACUGUAGUUGGGAAUCAGAGCCACUGAUGAAGUAACCAGACAGGUCACUGGGCCCACAUGGCGAAGCAGGCCAGGAGACUUAAUAAUUAAGCAAUGGGGAACUCACAGUGCAUUCUUAAAUAGGCAAUCAUGAUUAAUAGAACUUGCAAUAAUUAAGCAUUACACGAAAGGAAUACUAUGGCAUCGCUGAGUUAGGAAUAGGAGGCAAAGUUAAACCUGUAUUGGGGACAAGACAAAAAAUAAAAUCAUUGAUGUAAACGAAAACUGCAAAGUAAAAACCGCAUCCAGUCGAAGUUAUAAUCUUUCACUUUUUGAAAAGAGACUUUUUAUACCCCUAUUUAAUAAGCUAAAAGUUUAUUGACUUUGUUCUGCAAUUUUGGAAAAUUUAUAUUUAGGAGUGACACGUAACAAAAUACAAGUUACGGUUCUCACACAGCACACACUUUGAAUAUUUGUCUCAUUCUUCAGUUUAAAUAAAAGUUAUGUUUUAUUUAUUUGUAAACUAAACAUUAUCUAGUCAGCCUUGGAUGGCAGUGAUGGGAUGGGUUGGAGGCUGGUUACCCCAACACUCAGACAUGGAGGUGUAUGUUCUGUAGAGGCAGAGGGUCUGGCUCUGAAUAAUGGGGAGAACCCCUAUUUUAAUCUGUGCUUUGACCGAAAAUUGUUGGAUAACAGCAAAAGACUAACAGCACCUUAACUGCUACAAGGUGCUGCAGUGGUUUUGGUAGUUAGUACCCUUUUUUUGUACUAAAAUGAUUUUGCUGCAAUAGAUCUUGUCUGCUACCCCUUUACUAACCUAGCUUUCCACCCACCUUCUCAGCCUAUUUCACGGAUUACCUCUCCAGUUGAAAGAUUUCUUGUUAUAUUGACAUUUGUUUUCUGUGUAUUAUAUUUUAUUUCUUCCACUUUUAUUUACUUUAAAAUCUGAUAGCUCUCUCAUUUGAUUUACAGACUUUUCUUUCCUCUUAUACUGGCCAGAGUAACAAACAAUAGAUUCAGGAACUUCAAUCCGGAUAGUUUCAUUGGCCUUGAUUGAAUAUUUUUGGAUAAACUUUUCAAAUUAUUUACUUACAAAAAUUCCGAUAGACUUUAAAGAUGACUUCUGCGGAUACAUCGCUUGAAAUGUUUAUCCAAAAAUAUUAAAUAGAGGCUCUAGUUACCAUUGUGCCUUUGGUCUUUAAGAUGUUCUCCCAACUUCUGGUUCGUCCAUGUACAUUUGUUUUCUUUUUUCCUGUAUAUUUUAUACUUAGAAUUUCUAUUAAUAAAAAGAAUGUUUAAAAACCAA